AGGUCCAUCCACGAAGACUCUCACAAGCAAACAAACGGAAGCCCUCAUUGAAAAUCAAACCUUCUUCACCCUCUGACAAUCUCCUCCCUGGCGAUUUCUGGCCAUUGCCUCCGUCGUGCCAAAAAUCGCUUCCGGCGGCGAAGGAAACCCUAACACUACGUACCAUACACCAAACAAACCACCUCCUCGUCCUCUUUCUAAGCCCUAAACUCAACUCCUUCAAUUUGACUUCUAUCAGCUUGAAUCGAGAAUUCCAACAACGAACCCUAAUUCUUGAAUUCAUCCAUUACGCACAAGAGAGAGGAAAAUAGAGUUGAAGCGGGCGGGGUUCCGACCUCAAAAGCUAUGGACUACAACUUAUCAGCUAAGAAAAGCAAAGAGGAAGUUACUACAUACCUGCACGCGAGGUUUCCGACGAUGUUGAUGGCGAGAAAAUACCAGAGGCAAUACCAUAAUUGUAGCUCAAUAUGUCAGUGGAAAAACAAAGUUGUUAGAGGUUGCAUUCCUGCUGGUGGAUGGAUUUCAGUUAAAUUUUUUGAUGCUAUUGGCUGCAACAUGGCUUUGUUUUGUUAUGUGGGCUUGCUAAAGCUAGUUUCAUGGCAUGAUGACAUUGAAGAUCAUGUGCAAAUGGUCAAAUCAAAAUCAAGAUGGAAUUGGAAAGUGGGAUUAGAACUAGGGUCGGAGAUCUAAUGGUUUAGGAUGGAAAAGAAUAUGAGUUGACUUUAGUCAAAGUUGACCAAAAUGUCAAUUGUUGACCAAAGUCAACAUUUGGUCAACAUGUAUUCUUUGGCAUUUUGUAUGUAAUGAACAAAUUAUGGAUAAGAAUGAAUAGAAUUGGUUAUUUGAAUGAAAAUGAAUUGAUUUAGUA